AUUCAGGACAGUGCGUGUGGAUAUAAAGGGAAAAGACGUGGAGGGACAGUGUUUGCAAGUGAAGACUAAAUUUGUUGUUCUGUCCUGCAUAUGUUGAAAUAAGAUGAAACCUCAACCAUGAAGGUUCUUUCAACACUUUCAAGAUAUGGGGUUUUUCUCUUCUUUCUCCUCCCUGAAGAACGGUCAUUCCCUUUGAUGAAGACGAAAGACCGGAGACCUAUUCAUCGAAUAUUUGACGUGAUGGCCUCUCUGGGAGAAACGAAUAUUGUAACCAACGUCCUCAAGAAGGCUGCGAAAGUUCUUCAUUACCGCCACGAGAGGAAUUCUGCCCGUCACUCCAAGCCACCAAUUUGGAGAGCAGUGGCAGAUGGUUUUAAUGAAAACGGUAGCUCUACGGAAACAAUCUCACCUCCUAAAGCUAACCAAAAACCCAAUGGUGUCCAGAAGGGAGGCUCUUUGAUUACACUUAAUAAGCAAUGUGCUGGUGAAGCAACAAUUGUUUAUGGACAUGGGGCUGACAUUGAGACAUUAAUGCCAGAGUUAAGGCACCCCGAUUACUACACUAUGCCUCAGAUCCAAUUGCUUCCAGCCAUGGAAAGGGCUGAACUUUGAUUCAUCCACCAUCUCAGCAAUUUUGUCGUGGGAAGAAAGGCCAUGGGUUGGGCUGAGAGAUUUCGUGCGCUAUGAUACCUGGAAUCAUCGUGCACUCAAGAAGACUUUGUUGAUCUCUUCUGUUAUUCCUCCACCAUUUCAUUAGGUUUGUAUGUGCUUGGUUAGGUUGAAGAUCUUUUGAAUGGGGUAGUUCCUCAUCAGAAAGGUAGGUGACAAUGAAUUUUUGUUUGGCUU